CUACAUCUGGUAUUCGAACUCGUGCCUGUUCCUGGAGCAACGUCACCUGGAAAAGAUGCGAAAGUUGAAAAGAAUGAGAAGCGACACGAAUCUGAUAGUGAAUCGGCUGUGUUCGAAGCUGGCCGACUCGAAGUACAGGACGCGGUCGCUGACCACAUUGAUAUCGAGCGAGAGCUACGAGACGUACGACAGCCGCGACACUAUCUCGCGGAUCAUCGACGAUCCGAAUCUAACAACGGCGCAGAAAACGAUGAGGAUCCUUGGACUGACCGAUCAGGACAUCGCGGAUGCACGCGCCAGGAUCAAGGAGAGGGCUAUUCGCGAAAAAUUGUCGGUGCAAGACGACGAUUCGCUCGGCAGAGCCAACAAACGCGACGUGUCCCGAUACUUCUUCGACGAGUACGACUCGAACGUGCUGAAGGAGGAUGAACAGAGCACGAGAAGUAGCGUGGAUGAAACGUCGAUGGAGGACGAGAUCGCUACGAACGAACGUCAGGCUAAUGAAAUCACGAUCACGGAUGAAAGUAGCGCGUGUGAUAAAGUUACGAGCGAAAGCGAGACUGCGGAGGAUCGUGUUGCGAUGGACGAAACUGCGAAUGAUAAAAAUGUAAAUGGAACAGCGGGGCAGGAUCGUGUUACGACGGAUGAAAUUACGAGCGGCGAAAUAAUCGUCAAUAAUAAUACUACAUUAAGAAAUCCAUCCACGUUCUCGAGAAACGUGGAUCCGUCGAAUUCCUUCGAAUCCAUCCAACAUUCAUCGAUGAAGAAAGAAGGACGAGCAGAUUUCCCACAGACGAAUCAAUAUGGCGGCUCCUCUUCGACAGAACGAGACUCGUCACGCGUGAAUUUCUCGAGGCAAAGCGUAGAGAUGAGUCCUAUGGAACGGCGAUCGCUGUUCGGCUGCAAUUGUAUCGUCGACGAUUAUCUGUACAACAAGACACUGGACGAGUAUUGUCUCUCGAACGGUCCGAUGAUGAGGAACUCCACGCCUGACGAAAGCAUCGACGAGGACAAGAUGUCUGAAAAUAGGGAGGACGAUUUGGAAAAUUCGAAUGAUACAACCUAUCACUCGUGCUUGGAUAAUACCGAUCAGAGUAUCGAAAAUCAACGAGCAGAAUUUCCCUUGAUACAGAAAUUGUUGCAAAAUGACUUGAACAUAUUGAGAAGUAUUGGAAGGGACGAUCGAAGGUUCGAGAACAGUUCGAACGAUAAACCGAUUUCAGGAGACGAGUCGACCGGAGGUUUCUCGAGAUCGUACGCGUCCAUCGACGUUCAAAGUCUGUCGGCCAUUUUGAAGGAUCUGAGCGUGACGAGGAACGUGGUGACGAACUUUGGAACCUUGAAGAUUGUCGAGUCUAACGAAAUUGUGAAUACCGUGCAGAGGAGCGGGCGAAACACCGAGGGAAACGUAGUAAAAGUGAGCUCUUUCGGCGACGCGAAUAUCCCAAGGUUCUUCAAAGAUUCGAUGAAGGUUUUCGAUGGUUGUUACGAGAAGGACUUCGCCAAUAACACCGAACUCCAGUGUUUGCUUCGACAAUUGGAGAAGAAGAAGUGGAGCAUAUUUCCAGCUCAACUUGGCCAAGCACCCUCCAACGUCUUGAAAGAACAGAUCGAUCAUGGCAAUCCGUCGUCAACUGUGCAAGACUUGAGAAUGCAAAGACUUGGGCUAUCCAACGAUGGCAAUUUCAGCACGAUGAAGAGACACGAAAUCUCGACGUCUACUCCCUCGAAGGCAAUCUACGGCGAGGAGCACCUUGCCCCUGAAAUCAUGCAAAUGAACGAGCAAUUCCUCGACGCAUUGAGCGACGCUCGAAAGCCGAAGGACGCGCACACGCAGACCGAGGACGACGAUCGCCAGGAGCAAAGAUCGAAAGGUUCGAACGAAGUCAACCUCGUGGACGAAGCACAGAAGAGGCACAGAAAGACGUUCUUCAAGUGCAAACGUCCGAAGGAACAAUCUGAAGCGAAUCACCGCGAGCAGAAGACACGCGACACGCGAGCCUCGAAGAGAUUGCCGCAGAUCGCGGAGAAAAGCGACGAAAAGUACGCAACGCAACGAAAACCGAUCGAGAAUCCGAGGAACAAGCCCGACUCGGCGAGGUCUCCGUCCGACGAGAGCGUCUGCGAGUGCGUCAAAGCUCAGAGUAGUGAGGUCAAAUCGGACAGAAGGCGCGAGAUGAACAGGAAAUGCACGGCGAGAUGCAAGGUGGAGACGUUCGGGACGAUUCCGUUCUCGCAGGUCGUCCGACCGGCGAUAUUCGACUCGGUGAUCUAUCGCAGGAAACCGCCGGCGUACCCGAGGUGGGCAAAGAGCCAGCCUGGAAACGUUUCCAACGCUGCGAAUUCGAGAAAGGCGUCGUCCACUUUCAAAACACUCGCGGACGAAACGUCGAAGAAGCCGGCGGACAAACAAUCGGCGGUGCACAGCCCGAGGAAGUUCAAGUGGAAGAGCCGAGCGGAGGAGACGGAGUCUCGGGAGAUGCGAGCACUAAAGGCGUACAACGAGGUCACGCUGCUGAAGGACAAGAAAGCGCUGGAUGCGAGGAAGAGACCAACCGCCGGAAGGCAGCAGUUGGCUGCAGUUGCGACACCCGAAAGCUCGAGAACUCACUCGAGGAAGAACAGGCCGGAUCGUUGCAAGAGGAACGUUCCCCGGAACGUGGACGACUACCUCGACAAGGAGAACUUGUUCGUGGACGCGACCACGGAGACCGAGCCAUUGCUGAAUAUACCUGUUAAGAACAGUAAAACGUUCGUCACGACGAACGAUGGAAGGAAAACUUUGCUCUCCUGCUCCAACAAGCUGUCCAAGGUGAACAAAAUCGCUGACAAACUGUUGUUGGACAACUUCGAUCGACUGGUUGGUGGACAGGCGAAGGGGAGCAAGAGGACUGGCGAAGUGGAGACGAAGAAGCAGCACACCAAAUACAGCAGACCAACGAAAUUGACGAGAGAGGAGGAGAACAACGAUGGUUCGAUGGUUUCGAUGAGGAAGUUGGAAGGCACGCAGAAAGGUCAAGAUUUGGAGAGGACGCCUGGCAAGAAGGACGUCAGAGGUCCUCUGGAGAUCCCUGCAGCGUCUUCUGACGUAGAUUCAUGUCUUCUCGCUGAGAAUGAACGAGACAAAGAGACUUCGACGUCUGCGAACCUCUGCGUAGACUUUGGCGCCCAAGCUGGACGCCUGCUGACGGUGGUGAAGCCUACGACUCAAGACGUUGCCUCCUCGUGGUCUUCCAGCACCGUUGAAGCACAGGAGGAUGAACCAUACUUCCCGGAACAAGACGAUGCUAGCACACAGACGACUGAGCAUGGAGCAACAUCCGAACACGAAGAGAAACGUCAAACGGUGAAAACCGAGGAUUACGAAAAGGAAAAUGAAUUAGCAUCGGAAACGGAGGAACCAGCAACACUGAAGACAGCGGAAAACCAAAAUGAAUUUGAUCCGGUAUCAAAAAUGGAGGAAUUCGAAUCAGCGUUGGAAGAGCAAGCGAAGGGAAUUGACCGAAUAUCGGGUGCAGAGGAGCGUCGAAAGGAGGCUUCGAAUAUCAGAGACGAUUGUCAAGGACAAGUGGAAGAGAAAGAAAAGGAGGAAACGAAAGAAUCGAUAGUUUCGGAUGACGUUCCUCGGGACGAAGCAAAGGAGAAUGUGGAAGUUCGAGGAGACGGCCUCGUGGAAGAGGACAAAAAGGAAGAAACGAAAGAAACUUUGGAUGACGUAUUUCCAAAGUCCACAGAAGUCCUUCGGAACGAAAGAGAGACCGUGCGAGUUCGAGGGGACCGUGGCCUCGAGGUAUUGCAAAACGAACCUGAAACGAUCUCGCGGAGACUAAUCUCGAAUCUGUCGGAUCUCGCGGGCAGCAUCGACAUCAACUACGUGAUUUUAAACAGCUUCGACGCGCCGAGAGAGAGCGACACCCCCGUGUGGGACAUCGUGGACGAAGAUACCAUCAGAACCCUGCACAACAUGUUCGCCUAUCGAUCAUUGGACGCUAGUUUCGAUCUGUCGGGGGAGUUUCACACCAUGGAAGAAAUUUUGAACGGCAGACAGACGGUGUCGUCGUCGUCGUCGUCGUCGUCGUUGGACGAUUUUAUCUUCCAACCGAGUAUAGACUUCCCAGCGAAUCUCUCCAUGUACGAGCACACCGCUCUCCGCGCGAUGAUUCGUCCGCGUCGUGGUUUGGAGGAAGAGGAAGAGGAGGAAGACGACGGUGAGGAUUCGCUGUGCGAUCUCUGCAUCACCUCGAUCGAUCGCGAGCAUCUGCCCGAAAUCGACAGCUUCGAGAUCGAGGAGAUCUCUGCGGAGCAUCCAAUUGUCAGCGAGCUUGGAUUGAACGACUUGCUGAUCCAAGUGGUCCGAAUAUGGAGAAGGUUGAACGUGCGCGGAUUGCUCAGCGGAGUGCUCGAGACUCUUCACGAUCCGCUGAACGACGACAGAACUGAUACAUCUCAGUUGGUAUCAUCUCACGACGAACGAGAGGAUGACGAAACACAUAGAGGAUGCUCGCUGGAGGAUCAAAGGGUGUUGAAAUUCUUUCAAGACGAUUGCCUAAGAUUCGUCAACGAAGACAUCUUCACGAACAUUAAAUUUCCCGUUGUGAUCAACUUGACCGACGCGAUCCCUAAUAGCCUAGAGGUUGCCUUCGACGACCAGGAGGAUCCAGAGGACACAGAGCUUGACCUUGACGUAGUGCUCGAACAAGCAGAGCCGAGUAAAACGAACUUGUUCUCUCUGAUGGACGACGAACACGAAGCUGACAUGGAGUUUAUUAACGAGAUCGGCGACGAGGACGAAGAAACAACGAGAAACGAAUACCUCAAGACGUUGCAGAGACUCUCCUCGAUGUCGAUCGUCAACAGCUACGACGCUUUCGGCAGGGUAUUGCACGAUGAGAACGAAGCUUCUUACUCGAAAGAUCAAAUUUUGAUCGCCAGUUGCGCGAACAAGUUGAAAAAGUGCAUGCUGGUACGUUCGGUGCCGGUGCAGCGUCGCAGGGGGGACUUGAAUCGCACGUGCGAAGAAACGCUGGAGGAGAUCGAAGAAACGCUGGAAAUCGUGGAGAGAAGCAUCGACAGCGAGGAAAUUAUGGAUGAAAUUAUCAUGGCGACCGAGGAUGUCGAGGACGUUGAGAAACUGAGAACGAAAGACACGGACGAGCGCGAAGAAAUCGAGAAAAUCUACAAAUACGAGGAUGUCGAUGAAGAUGCCGCUCUUCCGGUUGCCAAAGAAGACACGCAAGUCGAGGCAUGCAAGAAAGAAGCGGAGAUGAUCGACGAGAAUAUUCAACUGGUGGAGUUGGAUGGCGAAGAGGACAAUUCUCUCGAAAGAACGAAUUCGAACGAGCAAAGAAUCGUCACCCUGUACACGAUCCUCACUUUCUGGAUGCUGGUGUUCUGCUUUUACGUUCGAUACUUCUAUCAGAAGAUCAUUCUGUUUAAGCAGGCGUCCACGUCCACGUCGACCUUGAAACCCUUCGAGAUUCACGCGGUGCCGACAUCGACGACCACGUUCCUCGAAAAUUCGAUUCUGAUCGAUCGAAUCGAAGCGAAGGAAACGGAAGAAGAGCUGGAUGAGGACGAUUCGUUCGACAGAAUCGUCGACCUCGAGAUGAUAGACGUUUCUCGAUUCGACGAGUACGACUCGGUGAUGAACUUCGACUCGACCCUGUACGCAACGCUCUCAAACAGUUUGAUAGUCAAAGCGUUGAACGAAGAUGAUUCGAAGGGAACCGACGAGUCCGCCGUGUGUUUGAGGGAAAGAAUUUUAGGAAAUAUCGAGAUUUGUCCAAACGAGUCGCAGGGAGAAGAGAUAGAAACCUCAGUGGAGUCAGAUUCGAGAAUGCAGCCGGUUUCCCUAACGUUGAACAGCGAAUUCACCGAUUCAUCGUUCGCUAUUGAGCCGAAGGUUGAAGAGGACUCGCUGGAACUGCGUCUAGCGGCAGAAGAAAUCGAGACGCUCAGGUACAAGCAAGACGACGAUUUCGACGAUCUGCGUGAAACGAAAGUGAGAAGAAACGCUGUGGCGGCAAAGUUUGUCAAAGUUCGCGGACGAUCGAGCGAAGAUGAAGACGAAGAAGAGAAACGAGACGAGCGUUCGAGUUCGGAGGCAAAUUUCAUGCAGAUGCGGACAAAUGACAGUUUCGAUUCCACGUACACGGCAAUUUCGCAGGUGUCGAGGAACGCAGCUUCCGCGAUCGAUCUCAACGACUCCUCGAUGGAAGAAUUCGCGAUCGCUUCGAACGAAUCGGGCGAGUCGAACGAAGGCAUU